GCUUACAGCAGUGGUGCAACUCAAGUUAGAGUUGAAAAGUCACGCGGGAGCGAGAAAAAACUAUUAGUGCUGGUUUUCAAGUGACUGAGAAUGGGUUUCGUGACGUGUGGGCCCAACGAAGCGCUAGUAGUUUCAGGAUGCUGCUACAAUCGCAAACCGCUCCUCGUCGCUGGUGGCCGUGUCUUUGUAUGGCCCUGCCUUCAGCAACUUCAGAGGAUAACGUUGAAUACGAUGACUCUUAAAGUUGAGAGUCCGUCUGUAUAUACCGUCGAAGGGGUUCCCAUUUCAGUAACUGGCAUUGCUCAGGUAAAAGUACAGGGUCAAAAUAAGGAAAUGCUUUUAGUUGCUUGCGAACAGUUCCUCGGCAAGAGCGAAGAAGAAAUUCGACACAUUGCUCAUGAAACUAUGGAAGGUCAUCAACGCGCAAUAAUGGGGACCAUGAGUGUUGAAGAAAUCUAUCGAGAUCGCAAGAAAUUUAGUGAACAAGUUUUCAAAGUGGCUUCGUCCGAUUUGGUUAACAUGGGAAUCACCGUCGUCUCUUACACCAUAAAAGAUAUUUCCGAUGCCAACGGCUAUUUGAUGGCACUAGGUAUGGGGAGGACGGCAGAAGUCAAAAGAGACGCGAGAAUUGGAGAAGCCCAAGCGAAAUCUGAUGCCCAAAUUAAAGAGGCCAUCGCCGAAGAGCAGCGCAUGGCCUCACGUUUGGAAAACGACAUUCAAAUUGCCAAAGCUCAACGAGAUUUCGAAGUCAAGAAAGCGGCCUAUGACAAGGAAGUCAACGCUAAGAAAGCGGAAGCCGAACUCGCUUACGAACUUCAAGCAGCCAUAAUUAAACAACAGUUGCGUGAAGAAGAGAUGCAGAUUCAAGUGGUGGAACGCACUCAACAGAUUCUGGUCCAAGAGCAGGAAAUCAUCCGCAAGGAAAAAGAAUUGGAUGCCACUGUUCGUCGUCCGGCGGAGGCGGAGAAAUAUAGAUUGGAAAAAAUAGCCGAAGCCCAUCGACAGCGAACGGUGUUGGAAGCCCAAGCCCAAGCUGAAGCUCUCCGCUUACAGGGUGAAGCCGAGUCUUUUUCAAUUGAAGUCAAGGCUAAAGCAGAAGCCGAGCAAAUGAAGUUGAAAGCGGCAGCUUAUCAACAGUAUAACGAGGCUGCUAUGAUGGACAUGUUGAUGCAAUCGCUUCCAAAGAUGGCCCACGAAAUAGCCACUCCAAUGUCCAAGACGAGGAAAAUCACCAUGGUGACAUCCAACGGCGAAACGGGUGCGGCUAAAUUGACUGGCGAAGUCUUGGAGAUUAUGACAAAGAUGCCGGAAUUGGUCAAAUCACUCACCGGAGUAGAUGUUUCCAAGUCGAUGCGAGGAAUCAAGUAAAAAAAAAAAGGAAGAAAAUCCGGAUGAAAGAGAGCGCACAAGCGGAAAACGUCUCAUCAAUCAAGU